UAAAAUAAAAUGAAUAUAAAAUUAAACCAGAUUGAAUGGACUCGGACCAAUAACUAUCGUGGUCCAAAUAACCUUGAUUUAAAGAUAUAAAGUGAUAUUGCAAACAUACAUUUAUAUGAUUAUUAUUAAUGUAAAUAAUUAUUUAACAUUGUUUAUUUAUGAAAUAAUUGAACAAAUCUAAUAUUCCAGAAUGAAAUAUUCCACGUCACCACCAGUAAGUAGAUGUAAUUCACCAGGUCCAAUUGAAACAGGAUCAAAUUUACCUAUGCCAGUGACUUAUAGGCAAGAUUGUAUGGGAGCAGCAACAAAAUGUUACAAAUAUCUAAGGAAAUUAUUAAAAUUUGAACAAAUGGACUUUGAAUUUGCUUUGUGGCAAAUGAUCUUUUUGUUUAUAUCACCACAGAAAGUAUAUAGAAAUUUUCAAAGUAGAAAACAAACAAAAUCACAAUUUGCAAGAGAUGAUCCUGCGUUUUUAGUACUAUUAAUGUGUUGUCUGUGUAUAUCUUCCAUUGGUUUUACGAUUGUUUUGGGAUUAGGAUUUCUUCAAUUUGUAAAGCUAUUAUUUUAUAUGAUAUUUAUUGAUUAUCUCGUAGCUGGUCUAAUAGUAGCAACAGUAUUUUGGAUUAUAACAAAUCGUUAUUUAAGGAUUGACAAAACUCAGGAUGUAGAAUGGGGUUAUGCAUUUGAUAUACAUUUAAAUGCAUUUUUUCCACCUUUAGUUAUACUUCACAUUGUACAGUUAUUUUUUUAUAAUGGUCUUAUAAGUUAUGAUACUUUUUCAUCACGAUUUGUUGGAAACACAAUCUGGUUAAUAGCUGUUAGUUACUAUAUUUAUAUAACAUUUUUGGGUUAUACAAGCAUGGAAAUACUUCACAAGACACAUAUAAUAUUAUCAACAUUACCAAUAAUAUUACUAAUAUAUAUUAUGACAUUAUGCGCAGGUAUUAAUAUUAGUCAUUUAGUUAUGGAAUUCUAUCAUUAUCGAGUUGUUUAAACAAAACUAUAUUAUUAGUUGUUUUAAUACAAAACUUUAUUUCAAAUUAAUUUUUAAUACAUACUCUUAUAUAUAAAAAUUGAAUGAAUGUAUCAUGUGGAAAAUAUUUAGUUCGAAAAAAUUAUUGAUAUGUUGAAUAAAAAGAUCGGGGUAUUUCAUACAAUUAAAUUGGUAUUUCAAAUAAAUCAAAAUGG